UCUCUUCUCUGCAGGGGCGCAAAGAGACCGAGUGGAAUGACCUCCGCCCACGGCCGUACUCCCAGCUACGGCUCACAGACUCCCAUGUACGGUACGGGCUCCAGGACGCCCAUGUACGGGUCUCAGACGCCGCUGCAUGACGGAAGUCGCACACCUCACUACGGCUCUCAGACCCCACUGCAUGAUGGGAGCAGGACGCCAGGUCAGAGCGGAGCCUGGGACCCCAGCAACCCCAACACACCUUCCCGGAACGACGAGGAGUACGACUUCGGCUUCGACGACGAGCCCUCACCGUCCCCUCAGGGCUACGGGGGGACCCCCAACCCCCAGACCCCGGGUUACCCAGAAGUCCCGUCUCCACAGGUCAACCCUCAGUACAACCCUCAGACACCUGGCACACCUGCUAUGUAUAACACCGAGCAGUAUUCCCCCUACGCGGCACCGUCACCUCAGGGCUCAUACCAGCCCAGCCCCAGUCCUCAGAGCUACCACCAGGUGGCGCCCUCGCCGGUCGGCUACCAGAACACACACUCUCCUGCCAGCUACCAUCCGACGCCCUCGCCCAUGGCGUACCAGGCUAGUCCCAGUCCCAGUCCUGUGGGCUACAGUCCCAUGACGCCCGGAGCGCCCUCUCCUGGAGGUUACAACCCUCACACCCCUGGCUCCAACAUCGAGCAGGGCGGCAGCGACUGGGUGACCACGGACAUCCUGGUCCGGGUCAAGGACUCCCUCAUGGACCUGAUGGGACAGAUGGGGGUCAUCAGGAGCGUCACGGGAGGGAUGUGUUCAGUGUUCAUGCAGGAGUCAGAGAAGGUGGUCAGUAUCAGCAGUGAUCACCUGGAGCCCGUCACCCCGACCAAGAACAACAAGGUGAAGGUGAUUCUGGGAGAAGACCGCGAGGCCACGGGGAUCCUCCUGAGUAUAGACGGAGACGACGGCAUCGUCCGCAUGGAGCUGGACGACCAGCUGAAGAUCCUCAACCUGCGGUUCCUGGGACGCCUGGAGCACUGAGUGACGGACGCGCCGAGAGAGACGUGGGCGCAGAGACUCGAAACACAACACAGAGACACACACAGACGACUGUAGUGAGAGUUCUGUUGGCUCUAACACAGGCGGAUAUGUCGGGAGUUUGUUUUGUUUUUAUUACUUUGUUUAGCGCCGCACACACACACACACACACACACACAGAUGUGUGCAGCAGAUGUCCCAGCGUCCAAACGGCUUCAGGAGAUUUCCUUUCAUGGAUCAGAAAUCUGUUGUUGGCGAGCAGCAAACAUUCCUCUCUCUCUCUCGCUCUCUGUGAACUCCCAGCAUCCGUCUCACAGGCUGAUCAAUUUUUUUUUUUUUUUAAAGCUUUUCUGCCUCCACUGAAGUGGUCUCGAUCUGUUUUUAGUGCUUUCUCAAUGUUCUGUCAGUACUUUUGGUUUUGUGGGUGGAGAAGGGUCAAAAAGUGAAAAGUAACAUGUCAAAAUAAACUGUGAACCAGUU